CACACUUCCGCCAACAACACAACGUUCUUGUUGCAUGGUCCUACUACGGAUUUGGCCAGCUUUUUCAUUUCACACAUGCCGCCCUCUACUGAGAGCCCCAGCAACGGUACAACAGCUCAAGCUCUGCCUGGAAUAUCGCUGUUGCUAUGCAACCUGUCAACAUAAACGAAGUUGGUUAUCCAGGAGAUAAGGAUGUCGUCUGGGUACUCGGCUAAUCAGUAUGAAAAUGCUUUCAAAUCAAAGAAACUUCAGAAUUGGACAGUGCCAAAGGAUUUCAAGGAGAGGCCCUCCGCGGCUGAGGGCCACACCACAUUCAUUGCCAAUGACCGGGGACACCUCUUACCUGGAGUGAAGGUUAAGCAUGGCAGUGCUUGGCCCGCUUUUAGGGGGACGUGGGAGAUGCCUGCUCGUCUUCCUCCUUCCUCUAUCAACCCCACUGCUCGCUCUGAGGAGGGACGACAGCGCCUCAUACACACAUACACACGCACACACACACACUCAGGACCGGAAAAACACACACACUCUGGACCAGACACACACAGGAAGGCAAAAACAAUAACCGGCGCAGAUCGACCAACGGAAGGGAACCAGACUUGUGAUGCCCCAACAUCAGAAAGACCAGCCACUGGCGAGAGACCAGCCACUGGAGAAAGACCAGCCACUGGGGAGAAACCACCCACUGGCGAGAGGCCACCCACUGGCGAGAGGCCACCCACUGGCGAGAGACCACCCACUGGCGAGAGACCACCCACUGGCGAGAGACCACCCACUGGAGAAAGACCACCCACUGGAGAAAGACCAGCCACUGGUGAGAGACCACCCACUGGAGAAAGACCAGCCACUGGGGAGAGACCAACUACUGCAGAGAGACCAACUACUGCAGAGAGAUCAGCUGCUAGAGAGACCACAUUGGCUGGACAGACCUGUCACCAGAAGGAAGAGGGAAACCUCUAGAUCCUCCUUCCUCUCCUCCUUUCAUUGCUCGCUCUCUCAAGCAAUUAGACCUUUUUUUGUUUGCUGAUGUACUGAGAAACGAAUAAAAUAUAAGCACAUUAAAAAUUUGCAAAACCAUUUGUGUUAGAAGCGUUUGUAUUUGCAUAGAUUUUCAUUUAUUUCAAAAAAAACAAAUUUGGUGUAAGGCAGGCAGCUCUUGAAUUUCCCUGAUUAAUGUCCUGAGUGAAUAGCA